CCCAGCAGCCCAGCAGCACAUGCAACUCAACACAAUGAAGGAUAUUCUUCUAUACCUGCAAAAUAUGAAGUUAUCAGAUGGAAUUCAAGAGCCAAUGUGUAAGGAACUGCUCAAAGAAGUAAAUAGGAUAACACUCAACGCAGAUUAUAUAAGUGAGGAUGCAGAAUCUUCAAGUUUGUGCAAACCAAAGUCACAUAUUUUCUUCCUAAAAACACACAAGACAGCCAGCAGCACAAUCAUGAACAUAUUGUUUCGAUUUGGAGAGACUAGAAACUUGACUUUUGCGUUUCCAUCCAACAAUAUGGCACAAUUCUACUACCCAGGGUAUUUUGCUGCUUCUCAGGUUGAAGGUUUCUCUGAAGAAAACUACAAGACAUUCCAUAUCAUGUGUCAUCAUAUGAGAUUCCAACUGACAGAGGUGGAAAAGGUAAUGCCAAAUGACACAUUUUAUUUCACUAUCUUAAGGAAUCCAGUUUCUUUAAUGGAGUCUUCAUUCUCAUACUAUAAAGGGACACAAUCCUUUUCCAGGGCUAAAAGUCUGGAGGAUUUCAUGAACAAUACAUCAAAAUUCUACAAAUUUUCAAAUAAUUAUGCCAAGAACUGCAUGACUUUUGAUCUGGGCUAUGAUCACAAUGGGCAAGAAUCAACAGAGCACUUUAAACUAAUACAGCAAGCGGUGAAGACCACAUUUGAUUUGGUUCUGAUUACAGAAUAUUUUGAUGAAUCAUUGGUGCUCUUGAAAAAUGCACUUUGUUGGACUUUUGAUGAUGUGCUUUCAUUUCCACUCAAUAGUAGGUCCAACAACACCAAAAUGAGCCUUUCACCAGAAACCCAGGAUAAGAUCAAGUCAUGGAAUCAGCUUGACUGGCAACUAUAUGUCUACUUUAAUAGAUCUUUUUGGGAUCAAGUGCAUAAAUUUGGAAAAGAACGUAUGAAGCAUGAAGUGACAGAACUUAGGAGGCGACGGGCUGAAAUGUCUGAGACUUGCUUGUUGGGAGAAGUGGGCCCAGAAGACAUAAGGGACAAAUCUUUGAGACCAUUCCAGUAUGGGAUGGCCAAGAUUAUUGGUUACAACCUAAAGUCAGGAUUGGGAGUUGCUGAACAACUACUGUGCCGGAGACUGGUGACUCCAGAACUUCAGUAUAGUGAUCUUUUACGUGUUAAACAGCAACAGAGGACAAAAAAAACCCCUAAAAAAUAAAUAAAUGAAAAAAUGGAGUCCUAGGAUAGAAUAUAAGAGGAAAAGCAAAUAAAGCCAUUUAGGGCAUAGCCCCCAAAUACAUGGUAUUUGUCCUA